UUUGCUCCCGAGUUACAAUAGGAAGCGUGGGUGAUUAUUCCUGUUCGGAAGUUCUGAUUGCUGCAGGUAUAUUGGGCUUGGGGUUAGAGCCUGCUCGGAAGUACUGUUGUCCUUAUGCUUUAUUUCUAUAGCUUGUAUGAUUGAGAAGCUUGACUUCUUGCAGUGUAGAUGUAGGAAUUGGUGUGAAUUUGAAACCAAGUUAGAUUUAACUGUCUAAGAAGGAAAAUUGAGAAAGAAAAUAGCAUUUAAACUCUAAAGAGCUAAGGUAGGUCUUGCUUUUAUGUCUUGUUAAAACAUGGGGUUUUUUUCUAAAACCUUUGCCAGUAGUUUUGCGGAAAAUGGUGGAACAGAGAAUACAAGACAAAACUAUUUCUGCUGCUGUUGCUCCUGUUGAAGUUCUUUACAUGAGUAUUUGUAGCUUAAUCUAACAUAGGUGAAGACAAAGUGUAACUCAUAGGUGUUACCUGGCUUAAAACUUUAUUUAGCUCAGUAUUCUGUAUUUUAGCAGGGGAACAUUUGGUUUUCUAGCCUUUAGGAAGAAAAUCCUGCUUAUAUUUGUAGAAGUUCAUCUUUCACCAGGGUUUCUCCCCUUACCCUGGUCAGAUCUGCAUACUCCAUCCUUCUGCCUAGAAAGGAGGUAUAUAUUCUAUAUGGGCAUGGCCAGCUUUAUUUAAAUUGCUGAGUGAAUUUAAUCAGAUAGCCCUAGCAAAGCUGCCAUCACUGUAGUGUUAAGAAGCUCUUUAUGAGGAUCAGGUAGAAGUAGUAUAACUUUUCAGGUGACUGUCUUAAACCCAGUGAUAUGAAUAGUGAAAAUUGCCUUUAUAGGUUGCUUGGUUGUGCUCUAACACUAGUACCUUGAGCCUCACAGGGAGGAAAAUAGCCCCAGCAAAGCAUUAACCUGUUGCCUUAUUCAGAAAUUUUGUUCGCUUCUGAGCCACCCAAUGGUAGGACAUGACUGGAUACACUUCAUCUGUUCCACUUGAUGAGGCUGUCAUUAACUUGCCUAUUUUGGAAAAGAUACUUCAAGUUCAUAAAACUCAACAAGUUUUCUGCAUGCGUUAGUCUUGGCGAUUAUAGGUUGGCAAAAGAAGUGAUGCUGUCAGUGUGGGGCACCGAUGUGGGUCAGUGCUAUCAUCAGCGAUGCGAGCUUUCCGCGCGUAAACCAGGCACUGGCAGUUAUGGAAGAACCUGCUGAACCAUGGGUCUUAAAAAACGAAGGUGUGGAUGUGCGGUGUUAAACCAUCAAAAAACUUAUUGCAGACUUUAAUUUUGAAUUGCACUUGUAGAAACAGUGGAUUUUUGUUAAGCCUCAAGUAAACGAGUAAGUCUGUAAACUUUGCUAACAGUGAAGCACUAUGCACAGAAUAGGAGAAAACAAUCAAGCGUUUCAUCAGCCUUCUUGCUGUCUCUUGCCAGAAUUUGCGGGCUGUCCUGCAUUGCAUCAGUCCUGCUGGACAUUAUUUUCCAUCUAUAUUUCAAAGCCAGAUGGAAAAUGAUUCCUCUGUAUAUUGAUAGAGUUAUUUCAUAAUGAGGGAAAAGCCUUUUGUAAUGUGCUUGUGCUAGUUCAACCUAUAAAUCAGCCUUUUAUUGUCUGGUUAUGUUUGUGUUUAUAGCAGAGAAUGAAGCAAGGAUCAUUAGUAGGUAUGAGAAAAGUACAUUGAAGGCUCCAGGUAGAUUUUCUAUCUGAUGCAAUUUGGGUGAAUGCACUUUUAUGCUGUUCUCCUGUGGUACAGGCGUAUCUCCAGGUGCCAAUGAGUGGCCGACCUCAGACCUGCCAAGUCUGACAUUGCCUUGAGCUUGCCCAGGGUAGCCUGAUGGCACCAGCUUCCCUACUUAUGUGAGACUUCACACGUGGCACUUCACCUUCUGGAAGAGGGUAAAAACUGAUCUCCUAGGCAAGUCCUAUGUUUAAAAGAGAAGUAGUAACGAGGAACCAGACUUGUACUUGACAACUGGAAAAAUGCUUUUGAAAAAAAACCAAGACCAAAAAAAACACCUGCUGUGGGAAUGAGAGACCCUCUGAAUCUUAAAAUGGUUAAAGACUGUAGAAUUUGGCCAAAAGCAGGAUGUGUCAUCGCUUUAGAAGUGCCUUUCUUCUAACGUGAACUGUGCAGUACUGACUGGCCUGUCGCUCGCUUUUAUUUUUAGCGGAUAAAGAAUCGAUAGGCUUGUGUGUACUCCAAGCAACUUGUGAAAGGAAAGGUGGCUUCUUGCAUUUUAAACUCUAGAGGAGUUUUAUAUUAUUUAUACUGAAGAUGUGUUUUAAUAGGCGUUUUUUAUACUUAUUUUGCCUUUUCCAGUUUCCUAAUGGUGCUGUGUUUCCCCCUUACUGGGAAUGCAGCAGGGAACAAAGCAGAGCAUAAGACAGGAGGCUCUGUCGAGGCCAGAGCAGGCACAGCCUGGCAGCUCUUCUCUUAGGAAACGCAACCAGCUCCUCACAUCGCGGAGGCCCAGCAUGAAUGUUAACUGUGCUGGUGGGACAGGCUGGUCAAGAAAUCUGGAGUCCAGUUGCUCUGUGGAAAACGUAACUGUAGCAGUCCAUGAGUCAGAAGAAAGUAAUGUGGUGCUAGGAGGUCACAGCCCUGCUGCAGUUCCCAGGACUGAGGGUUUAGAUUCUGAAUGCCGACACACUGCUUGUCCAGUAAGUCCCCAGAUCAGUAGCAUGUUGUCUGCUCCUGAAGACACGCACAACUCUCAUUUCCAAGAUGGAAAUAAGAGACAGUCAGAAUAUUUUAAUACCCAGGAACGCCAUGGAUGCUGCGCUUUGUCAUCAAGCAACAAUUCACAAACAGUGGCUCCAGAGAAAGUGACGCUUGUGGUAGACGGCACUCGCUUUGCAGUGAAUCCACAGAUUUUCACUGCUCACCCUGAUACUAUGCUGGGAAGAAUGUUUGGACCAGGAAGAGAAUAUAAUUUCACCAGGCCAAAUGAAAAGGGAGAAUAUGAAAUCGCAGAAGGAAUUAGCUCAGCUGUGUUCCGGACUGUGCUGGAUUAUUACAAAACCGGAAUCAUUAACUGCCCUGAUGGGAUUUCCAUCCCAGACCUUCGAGACACAUGUGAUUACCUCUGCAUAAACUUUGAUUUCAACACCAUCAAAUGUCAAGAUUUAAGUGCUCUGUUGCAUGAGCUCUCCAAUGAUGGUGCUCACAAGCAGUUUGAUGGCUACCUGGAGGAGCUAAUUCUGCCUAUAAUGGUGGAUAGCGCAAGGAAAGGGGAACGUGAAUGCCAUAUUGUCGUGCUGACAGAUGAAGACACCGUGGACUGGGAUGAAGAUCAUCCGCCUCCAAUGGGAGAGGAGUACUCGCAAAUCCUUUACAGUUCCAAGCUGUACAGAUUCUUCAAGUACAUUGAGAACCGCGAUGUUGCAAAAGCUGUAUUAAAGGAACGGGGCCUGAAAAAUAUUCGCAUUGGCAUUGAAGGAUAUCCCACCUGCAAAGAGAAGGUGAAGAGGAGGCCUGGUGGCCGGUCAGAAGUGAUAUACAACUAUGUUCAACGGCCGUUCAUCCAGAUGUCAUGGGAAAAGGAAGAAGGCAAAAGCCGUCAUGUUGAUUUCCAGUGUGUUCGGAGCAAGUCUCUAACAAACCUAGUCACUGUGGGUGAUGACGUUUCAGAGGACCAUGAGGUUAUAAUGCAUCACCCCCCUCAAGUAGAUGAACUCGACAGGCUAAACGCACCAUUCUCCCAAAUGGCUGUUAACGAUCUACCAGACUAGUCGUGGCUCAGGGUGGAUAGUCCUGCCUGAUGUGGGAAUGUCUCAGUGUAGUUUCAUCCCAGGUGAUGGAACACAGACUCUGCAAGGUGCUUUAUCCUCAUUCGUGCUCUUACUACGUUGUCGUAUCUCAAGCAUGUUAAUAAAGAGCCACACUCCAUAGUUUAAUUGUGCAAUCAAAAGCAACGUCUCCUCAAACAAAAAGAAAUUAUGUUGUUUGUUUCUACUAUAAAGGCUUCCAGACUGGCGGGUGCUGAAUAUUUUACCUAAACUUCUAAAAGAAGAGCAGAAGUAUUUAGAAACGUACUGUUUGACAUGAGAGAGGAAGAUCUGGGCCUGUCAAGACAAAGCUUUCCUUUACCAUGAGGCACUUAGCUUUGCUUUUGUGAUAAUCAGUUACAAAGGACCGAACAUCAAAGCAGGACAGAUGAUACUCUUUCAUCAACCAGCAGAAAUGUAGCACAGUUGUGACAGCAAAAUCCUGAGUGUGGAGAAACCUGUUUACACUGCCAUCUGGCUUUGCAUCCAGUAUGUUGUACUGCUGUUCUAGGGUAGGGUGAACUAGUUUAAUAGGAAACAUAUGCCUGUUCACAGGAAUUCCCCAUAUAUAUUCCUACAUAAGAUGGAAUCACUGUUUUUAGGGAUGUUGUCUGUUAAGUUCAGUAAAACAAGUAGAUCAUGCUGAAGGAAAAAGCCAAAAAAAAAAAAAGACUGGACUUGAUAUUUUACCAACAAAGUAAAUCUAUUUAGUAGCCUGAUAGAUGUCAGAAGCUUUCUAGAGGUGACUGUGCAUGCUAAAGACUUUCAGUUGUCUCCUCAAUCCCCCUGCUAAGACAAAAAAAGCCAGUGGAGGAGCUCCCAGUACAGUUUCCUACCUGAGUAAAAUCCUUGGUCUCAUCAACCUUUACCAGUCAAAAUUUCUGUAGACUCUCCAAAGAGCAUUCUACUAUUGCAGCUUUAAAAGGCCAGCUGCUUUCUUCCCAAUUUGGAACUAACUGGACCAUUUUGCUGUCAGACAGGUAAGGCAUACCAAUAGUAAACCAGCCUUCAGUAGACAAAAGUACGUAUGCCGAGGAACAACUCUCCUUUGCUGCUCUGAAUGUAUAAUCCUAGCCUGUGGUUAAGGCUCUGUUCGUUUUGGAUUCGGGCCCAACAAAGCUGUGACUAUAGGUAUAGACACACUCCGGGCUGGUUUAGCUCAGUUAGGUGUAUUAGAGCCUCGCUGCUCCUGUUCCUGCAGCGUGCAGUUCCCUGUAGGUUUGCAUAACCCGCUGCUGAGCACACAGUGAGGUCGGUCCUGCCACAGCCGAGCCGCACGUCAACCAGCGCGGGCCUGCCUGACAAAGCCGUCGUCUCUGAUGGCUGUGUAGAGCUUGGACGUACCCAAAGUGGAGCGCUGGAACAUGGCGGUGGUGCAAAGAAAAGCUGAAACUCAUUCAAAAAAGAGAGAGAGGGAGCGUGCUCCCGUGCAAAGUUGUUAAGCUCAGGUCGGUUCUGCUCUCGCAGCCGACUGCUGUUGGAGCCCGUACCGCGUACGCGUUGCGUUACCCGGUCACUCUUGGCAAAACAGAGGUCGGUAUCAGGCUGCCCCUAGAAGGUUUCCUCCGUUGUUGUCAAGCAAAUUUUUAUUAUUCUCUGUCUGUCUGCAAAGUGUAUGGUAGACUUAGCAUUGAAGAUUGCUGUUAAUCUUUGCUGCUAAGGGUGUUUGGUUUUUUCAGAGUGAGUAACCUGACAAUAUCAAGGUUUAUGAGUGUUGUUUCAGUUACAAGUAACAAAAUAUCUGCCAAGGCAUGUAUUUGCUGAUACAUUUAGUUCCCAUUUGUAUGGAUACGGGUUCCAUUCUUCGCAGUGAUUCUGGUUUUAGCUUCUUUCCUAAGUGCGGCAAAUAGAUUUCUUCUUUUUAUAAGUGCCUAGGGGAAGAUUUCCACAAGUGCUUCAGGAAGGUGCUCCGGAGAGUCCCGGGGGUUCAGAUGCCCCGUCCACCUGGCUACUUUUGAAAAAUCCUCCCCGUGUGUCAUUGGAUCAGUACAGAGAAGUGUCCUUCAGUAGCUGCACAGAGAUGAUGUGCAAUCACUUUCCAUUAUUGCUCUAGAUGAAUUUCUAUUUUUGUAGCAGAGAAAGGAAGACAUAUGGACCAUUAACCUUCCAGCUAAGGGCCAGACAAACCCAUUACUUGCCGUGGUAACGAGCUGGUCCCACAAGUCAAGCAAAGGCAGUGGUGAGCCUGUCCCCCAGCAAUGAUGGAGCUUGCCCCCAGGCCCUAUGGAUUUUUUUUUUUUUUCUGUGUAUUUAUUUUUACAGUUUUAAGUAAAUAUAUAUUGGUUUUGACCAGCUGACUUGGAAUUGGAGUUUACACAUGUUCUGCUCUAAGGACUUGAACGUGCGUGUUCUUGAGCGCUACCCUACAGGACCAUGUCAAGGCAUCGGAGGCUGAGCAGCCGACAUCGACGGCACCGUAUGGGAUCUGACAGCUAAGUACCGUAUUCAGCCAAAACAAACUGAGCCAAGUGUCACCUACGCCGCUUGAAGGAUUCAGCCAUUUUAUUAGAAACAGUGGCCCCAGGCUCUUGCCUGAGGGUUAAAGACCGUGCCUCAUAGGAACCGGUUGGUACUCCGUGUAAUCAAUUUGGGAUGGAGGUAGCCAGCUUCUGUGAUCUCCAUGCAGUUUUUUCAUUCCAAAAAGCCACUGUUACGUGUCUGGCUUUCCCAGGUAAUUAAAGAGGAAUUUUGGAUAUUUUUUUUUCAGUAGAGUGAGUUCAAAUUGAAAAAGCAUGCAUUUGCUUUUCUUCCUCUCUUGGUCACCUACUAUUCAGGUACAAGGUCAAGUCUUGUCUUGUUCUAGAUAUACUGAAGUGUUACCUGUGGUGUGUAUUAACUACAGCUGUACGGUUUCCUUUCUGUAUUAAAGUAUAAAUUAUA